UAUGCAACAAUUACCAGCUCAUUCAGUUUACUUAGUCUAAGAAAGUAAGGAAACAGCAGAUGCUGUUGCUUAUGCAUUCCUAUAAAACACUGGUGAGCCUGUACAAUAUCCAUACAAAUACCCAAAUAUUGCGGACGACGAUGUCAGAAUUAGAAUUUUAUAUACUGGAUUAUGUCAUAGUGAUUGUCUUCAUUCUAGAGGAUUAUGGGAUCCAAAUAUGUAUAUAUAAAUAAUAUACUCUAGUAAAUACCCCAGUUGCCCAGGACAUGAAGUCGUAGGAUUAGUCGAAAAAGUAGGAACAGGUGUCACAAAAUUCAAAGUAGGUGAUAAAGUUGGAUGCAAUCCUUAAAGAUGGAUGUGUUAAACCUGUGAUUUGUGUAAGAAAGGAGAUAAUUAAUUAUGUUCAAAAGGNUCAGUUCAAUCACUUUAUUAAGAAAGAUAAGAUGUUAUUUCAAUAUAUGUAACCAAUUCCAGUAAUUUAAAUGCAACUUGUUGCAAUAUUAUGUGA